AUGGGUUGGCAUAGCUGGCGUUACCAUCUGUAUGUCCACCUGGAGAACUCCGUAUCAAUUCAGCAACGAUUAACAAGAGAAGAUGCUCCUACCAUAUUCCGCAUUGCAGGCUUCGACGCCAUCAAGAGUCAGUGGAUCAGCGGUUUGAACAAUAUAUUUUAUAUGUUCGCUACGUUAAUCUGUGUCUUCACGCUUGACCGCAUUGGUCGCCGCCGGACUCUCUACUGGGGCUCGGUUGGCCAGGGAAUUGCCAUGUUCCUUGCUGGCGGGUUCUCACGCAUAGGCCUAGAUGCUACCGCAGCUGGAGAUGGAGCCAAGGCCGCUUCAUACGGUGCAGCAGCAGCAUCGAUGAUCUUCAUCUUCACUUCGGUGUUUGGUGCCACUUGGCUUACUGUUCCGUGGCUCUAUCCUGCGGAAAUCUUUCCGCUGGCAGUCCGGGCUAGAGGCAACGCAUGGGGUGUAGUAGGCUGGAGCGUCGGCAACGGAUGGCUGGUACGUGUAUCUCUUUCCAAUUCUUUCCCCUAG